AUAAAAUGCGAGAGCCUCUUUAAUUAUUCAACCAAUGGAAGGCAAGAAGCAGCUGCAAAAGUAAAACUCGUCUUCUUCUUGUUUCUUCUUUCCAUUAAAACGGCAAAUCUCGAUUUUAGAAGCCCGAUGCGGCAAUUCAUCUUUGAGUUUAGAGGAUUCAAUUGUAAUUAUAGAAAAUUGGGAACUGUAUUAGUGUUCGAAACAGGGAGAAUAUGGGAUCUGAAGGGUUAAAUAGUGUAGUGAUCCAUGUUACUGGAUUUAAGAAGUUUCAAGGAGUACCUGAGAAUCCCACAGAGAUAAUAGUUAACAAUUUGAAGGGUUUUGUUGAAAAGAGAGGUUUGCCUGCUGGGGUUACUCUUGGAAGUUGCACUGUUCUUGAGACUGCUGGAGAUGGUGCUCGUCCCUUGCUUUACAAAGUCUUGGAAUCAGGCACCGCAGCUACAAAUGCUGGCAACAAUGAACAAGUUGUAUGGCUUCACUUAGGGGUGAAUAAUGGGGCAUUGAGAUUUGCCAUCGAGCGACUGGCAGUUAAUGAGGCCACCUUCCGUUGUCCAGAUGAGCUAGGAUGGCAACCUCAGCAACAUCCGAUACUCUCUGGGGAUGGAGGAAUUUCCUGCACAAGGGAGACUUGUUGCUCGGUUGAUGCAAUAUUAAUUCUCUUGAAGAGGAAAGGCUUUGAUGUGGCAAUAUCAGAUGAUGCUGGCCGCUUUGUAUGCAACUAUGUCUAUUAUCACUCUCUUCGGUUUGCAGAAAGGAAAGGUCACAAAUCUCUUUUUGUUCACGUUCCUCCCUUUUCAAGAAUUGAUGAAGAAACUCAAAUGCAAUUUGCAGCCUCACUUUUAGAGGCUAUUGCCAUAACGUGUUAAUAUAUAUUGAUAUCUAUCUUUAAUUUUUUCUGUAUCCAUGGUCCACGGUGCUUGUACAUGUUCAUCAACUGGAUUGCUAUCUUGAAUAAAAAGAACAAAAGAAACGAAACACGAAUUGUACUUUAGAACUCCUGUGUGCCCUUUAUAUUUAAGGUGAAAAUCCAUUGUAUGUGGAUCUAGUCAAUCUGUUUGUGCUGAUGGAUAAUGAGGUCGAUGGUUGUUAUCA